AUGCGUCUGAUUUCGCGAGUCUUACAGCGAUCGCAUCUUAUUGGUGAUGGGAGCAAUGAUGUAUUAUGUCGAAAUGUUCGUGAUUUAAAGGAUGUGGAUAUAAACAAAAAUUUAGCACGUGUGCGUACGUUAUGUGAUCUCAUUUCUCCGCAAGUGCAACAAGAUUUAUCGGUAAGAAUUGAAGAAGAUGAUGAUGAUAGUAAUUUGGAACCAUUUGAUUUAAAUCUAAUUGAUACUGACGACGAUGCAAGUAGAAUUUUAAACAGAUACAAGCGCCGCGGCGGACGUGGUGGUGGUGGUGGUGGAGGUGGACGUGGUGGUGGUGGAGGUGGACGUGGUGGUGGAGGCGGACGCAGUGGAGGUGGAGGCCGUUUUAGUUUUAGUGGUCGCAGUGGCAGCUCCAGUGGAGGACGUUUUUUCAGUUCCAGUCGUAGUGGUAGUGCAUCGCCGUCAUCAUCCGGUUCACGUUUCUUCAGCAGCAGAAGUUCAUCUAGUUCAGGAUCAAGUGGCGGGCAUCGCGUUCGUCAAGCUAUUUCAUCAACUUUCAGUCGUAACCCAGGUGUGCCAGCAAUACCGGGUUCCAGCGGAGGAUUUGGCAGUGGUGGGAUAAAACCUUCUGGAGGACUGAGCCCUUUUGGUGGCUCGGGAAGUAGAAUUGGUGGUUCGGGAAGUGGAAUGGGUGGUUCAAAAUGGGUAAGAGCUGGCAAAACAUUUUUACCACAAGCUAAGGCAUUUGGGAAAAGAUAUUAUGAACGACGAAAGUACAAUAAAGGUUAUUAUACAGGCGUGGGAGCGGCACAUUAUGGAUAUCGUCCAGGCUAUUAUCCAGCAGGUUAUUAUAAUUAUGGUUAUCCCCCAGUGGUUACUAAUGACGUGCCUCCAGUCAUAGCUGGAAAACCGGCCAGUGUUUUUUAUUGUUUACAAGAAGAUUUAAAUAGCACGUUGGUCAACAACACACUGGACUCCGACGGUUUUGGUAUAUGCAAUAUGUCAGGAAAAUUGGUUAAAUGUCCUAUUGAAAUUGAAUGUAAAUCAAGUGAAGCUGAUAAUUGUUGUGAAGAUAGCCAGCAUGCACCUUAUUGUUGUGGUGGUCCAAUACCUAAUGAAUUCAGCAAUGGAUUAAGUGAUGAAGAUUGGAUAGAUUCAGCUAACAGACCAGAUGAUAUGUGA